AUGCCUCUCAUUAAAGAUCAAUUAUCAUUCAAAAUAUCACUCCUACCAGGAGAUGCACACGGCUCGCAACUUGCAUCAUGUGCCGAGCAAAUCAUGCAUCUGAUAGAAGACAUUCGCCCAGAUGUUGCAUUCCAGAUAUCCCGACAUGAUUUCGGAGGCGUGGCGUUAGCAGCUGGCCACCAAAGCUCCCUGCCAACCUCCACUCUAGAAGCAUGCCGCCAAUCUGAUGUUGCCGUCGUGUGUGUCUGCGGUGACCCCAAGUACGGCAUACAGCUAGAACAGGGACUGUUGGCACUUCGACAAGAACUUGGACUCUUCGCCAAUAUCAGACCCGUCAAGUUUCCAUCGGAGUCGCUUAUACCACUCAGCUCAUACAAGCCGGAGGCGGUUGAUGGUCUUGAUAUCACAUUUUCCCGAGACUUGACGGGUGGUGCCUACUAUGGAGAGAAGCAAGAAGUGGGAGAGGAUGCUAUUCGCGUUCUACCAUUGAGACUGGCAAGACUGGCUGGCACGUAUGCAAUGCAAUUCAGCCCACCAAAGCGAAUUCACUCGGUCGAUAAGGUUAAUGUCAUGGCCACUUCACGAUUAUGGAGAUCUGUUGUCACCGAUAUCUUCAGCCAUGAGCACCCCCAGGUUCAGCUGGACCAUGUUUUCGUUGAUAACGCAGCCAUGAUCCUAUCAUCAAAUCCUCAGAACUUGAACGGAGUAAUCUUGACGGAAAACAUGUUUGGCGAUAUCCUAUCAGAUCAGGCUAGUGGUAACUCAAGUCUCCAGACAUUCUGGCAUCAGCGGCUGUGUCCAGCAUCUAUGGUAAAGAGGCCGCAGCCUUAUCCAAAGCUAUCCGACAAACUCUUGAUCCUAUCGGCCAGGUUGGAUCGGACACGAGGACGACCGACCUGGGUGGCACAGCAUCACCACAAGAGUUCGUUCAUGGAGACCCUCUUACACAACUUUGACUACUACUUGGAGGCUCUGAACUCAGCCGACGCUGCAGCUAUCCCGGCACCCAUUCCCCCACCCUCAUCGCCAAGGGAUACCACGAAUACCAGACCUAUGGGAGUCAUUGAGAAGAUCUUGACACAUGCCGGCAUUGGUCUGAGCAAGUCAUACGUCGAGAUGGGAGAUAUGAUCUGCGUCAAGGUCGAUUGGACGCUUACAUCUGAACUCCUCUGGGGCGGCAUGGAGAAGACCUACAACUAA